GCCCGGCGGCUCCGCCCCCUUGGUGACGUCACUGACCAGGCCAGCCGGCGCCAUUUUGAAAGUGGAGUCGCCUGCCCCUGCCGCUGCCGCCGCCGCCGUCGCUGUCGUAGCCGCCGCCGCCGCUGCCGGAGAAAGAGCACGAGCGGGAAAGCCCUAGAGUGAAAUCUAGCAUCCUGCCGGCUGCUCUGCCCGCCCCUCCUUCCUUUUCCCCCAGCCCCUGUCCCCUCCCCCCGCAGGUGCCAUCCGCCGCCAUCCGCCCUCUCUACCCCCCCAUCCCCAGGUGAGGGGGGUGAGUUCAGGAAGCGGAGACCCCGAGGAACCCCGCAGGGUCACCAUUUGCAGCGCAACAUGGCAGGAGCUGGAGGAGGGAAUGAUAUUCAGUGGUGUUUUUCUCAGGUGAAAGGAGCAGUAGAUGAUGAUGUAGCAGAAGCAGAUAUAAUUUCUACAGUAGAAUUUAAUCAUUCUGGAGAAUUACUAGCAACAGGAGAUAAGGGUGGUAGAGUCGUCAUCUUUCAACAGGAGCAGGAGAACAAAAUCCAGUCUCAUAGCAGAGGAGAAUAUAAUGUUUACAGCACCUUCCAGAGCCAUGAACCAGAGUUUGACUACUUGAAAAGUUUAGAAAUAGAAGAAAAGAUCAACAAAAUUAGGUGGUUACCCCAGAAAAAUGCUGCUCAGUUUUUAUUGUCUACCAAUGAUAAAACAAUAAAAUUAUGGAAAAUCAGUGAAAGGGACAAAAGACCAGAAGGGUAUAACUUGAAAGAGGAAGAUGGAAGGUAUAGAGAUCCUACUACAGUUACUACACUACGAGUGCCAGUCUUUAGGCCUAUGGAUCUAAUGGUUGAGGCCAGUCCACGAAGAAUAUUUGCCAAUGCUCAUACAUACCACAUCAACUCAAUCUCUAUUAAUAGUGAUUAUGAAACAUAUUUAUCUGCAGAUGAUUUGCGGAUUAAUCUUUGGCAUCUGGAAAUUACAGACAGGAGUUUUAACAUUGUGGAUAUCAAGCCUGCCAAUAUGGAAGAGCUAACAGAGGUGAUUACAGCAGCGGAAUUCCAUCCAAACAGCUGUAACACAUUUGUAUACAGCAGCAGUAAAGGAACUAUUCGGCUCUGUGACAUGAGGGCAUCUGCCCUUUGUGAUAGACAUUCUAAAUUGUUUGAAGAACCUGAAGAUCCCAGUAACAGGUCAUUUUUUUCCGAAAUCAUCUCCUCUAUUUCGGAUGUAAAAUUCAGCCAUAGUGGUCGAUAUAUGAUGACUAGAGACUAUUUGUCAGUCAAAAUUUGGGACUUAAAUAUGGAAAACAGGCCUGUGGAAACAUACCAGGUGCAUGAAUACCUCAGAAGUAAACUCUGUUCACUGUAUGAAAAUGACUGCAUAUUUGACAAAUUUGAAUGUUGUUGGAAUGGAUCUGACAGUGUUGUCAUGACUGGAUCUUACAAUAAUUUCUUCAGAAUGUUUGACAGAAACACAAAGCGAGACAUAACCCUAGAAGCAUCGCGGGAAAACAAUAAGCCUCGCACGGUUCUGAAGCCCCGCAAAGUCUGUGCAAGCGGCAAGCGAAAGAAAGAUGAAAUAAGUGUUGACAGCUUAGACUUCAAUAAGAAAAUCCUUCACACAGCCUGGCACCCCAAGGAAAAUAUCAUUGCCGUAGCUACUACAAACAAUCUGUAUAUAUUUCAAGACAAAGUGAAUUAGGGUUGGCAUUCCUAGCAGAAGAACCCACUUCCUGCUUAGUUGAGAUAGUUGAAUCUAGCAUUCGUUCCUAUAAAAGAGAGAGGUCCAUUGUGGCACCCCUUUCCAGUGUUUGACAGUGUGCCAUUCGACAACACAUUGUUAUAGCUACAUGGAGAAAGCUCUGUGGAUUCAUCACUGUGGUGUUCUCCAUGUCUGCUAGCCAUUUAGGUAAGGGUAGGGCACUUUUAAUUUAAAUGACUUAUUGCACCAUCUUGCCUAAUGGACUAGAUUGGACUGUAUCAACAUUGAUUUACUCCACUUUUUAUGCCUUCCAUUGUGAUGACGUCAAACACAGUGAAAGCCUUCAGUCAUGCUAAGGGAUUUAAUUGUGUAUCCUCAUUACUGUAUCAUUUGUGGGGUACACCCCGUCCCCCUUUUUUUAAAUUAAAUACAGCUCAUUCUUACUGUGGCUUGUAGCAUUCCUCCUCUUCUGGCCUCCUGGACUCCUCCCCUUCAUCUCUCUUACCCUUGCCCCUCCACCCGGUCUUGGUGGUGGUAUAUUAAAAAAAGAAAGAAUGAAAGCACACAAAAUGAGUCAGUUUGGGGUCAGUGGUAUAAGGGGUAUAUGUUGCGAACAAAUGUUUUCAUAACAGUUGGCUGUAAUCACUCCUCGCCGUGUCUGGCACUGAAAAUAAGGAAAAAAACCUACUACUGAAUAAAAGUGACAAAGAAUGGAGAA